AUGAAGAGAGUUGCUCAAGUUAUCACUCUUCUCUUUUUCAUUAACUUUGCUUUGGUGCACGGAGCCACCAACACCAAGCAUUACAUAGUUUACAUGGGAAAACAUUCUCUCCCCAACUCAGAAUUUGUCACCACUGCCAACUGCUAUUUACUUGCUUCAGUUACUGGAAGUUUACAUGGAGCACAAAAAGUGGCACUUCAUCAUUAUACUAAAAGCUUCAGAGGUUUCUCAGCAAUGCUUACACCACAAGAAGCUCAACAACUUGCCCAAAAAGACGCAGUUGUUUCUGUAUUCGAGAGCCGAAUGAACCCAGUUCACACCACACGUUCAUGGGACUUCUUAGACAUAGACUCCAUUAACCAAUAUAAUCAAUUACCUAUGAACUUGAAAUCUGACGUUGUUAUUGGUGUCAUCGACUCCGGAGUUUGGCCUGAGUCGGAGAGCUUCAAUGACAACGAAUUAGGUCCUGUGCCCGAAAAAUUCAAGGGACAAUGCGUUCCUGGAGACAAUUUUACAUUGACCAACUGCAACAGGAAAAUUAUAGGUGCACGGUUCUAUUCGAAAGCGUUUGAAGCAGAAAAUGGUCCUCUUGAAUCUUCCAACAGCAUCUUUUUCCGUUCACCUCGGGACAGUGAUGGGCAUGGAACCCACACUGCCUCAACCAUAGCUGGACAUAUGAUACGAAACGUCAGUUUAUUUGGUAUGGCUAGAGGAAUUGCAAGAGGUGGUGCACCAAAUGCGAGACUGGCCAUUUACAAGGCUUGUUGGUUUAACCUAUGUAGUGAUGCUGAUAUUCUUUCUGCCAUGGAUGAUGCAAUUAAUGAUGGCGUUGAUAUCUUAUCACUUUCCCUCGGCCCUGUUCCUCCCGAACCCAGUUACUUUGAAAAUGCAAUAUCAGUUGGAGCUUUCCAUGCAUUCCAGGAAGGAAUUCUCAUUUCUGCUUCAGCUGGAAACUCUUUUUUCCCAAAAACUGCAACCAAUGUUGCUCCCUGGAUCCUCACUGUCGCUGCAAGCUCCGUUGACAGGCAAUUUAACACAAAUAUAUAUCUUGGAAAUUCAAAAAUUUUGAAGGGCUUUUCUUUAAAUCCUUUGCAAAUGGGAACUUUUUAUGGUUUAAUAGCUGGGAGUGCUGCAGCUGCCCCGGGAGUUCCAGCAGCGAAUGCAAGCAUUUGCAAGAACAAUACACUAGACCCAACCUUAGUCAAGGGGAAGAUAGUGGUGUGCACAUUGGAGGAAGUUACUGAUGACAGAAGAGAAAAGGCCAUAUUUGUAAGACAAGGUGGUGGUGUUGGAAUGAUACUCAUUGAUCCAUUUGCCAAAGAUGUUGGCUUUCAGUUUGUAAUCCCAGGAACCCUAAUUGGUCAAGAAGAAGCACAUGAACUUCAAGCAUAUAUGACUAUGGAAAAAAAUCCAGUAGCCAGAAUCUAUCCAACACAGACAGUUCUGAAAACCAAACCUGCACCACAAGUGGCUGUGUUUUCCUCAAGGGGACCAAAUAUUAUUACGUCAGAUAUCAUUAAACCAGAUGUUACUGGACCUGGACUGAAUAUCUUGGCCGCAUGGUCUCCAGUAGCAACUGAAGUCACAGGUGAACGAUCUGUUAGUUACAAUAUAAUCUCGGGGACCUCCAUGUCCUGCCCACAUGUUUCCGCUGUUGCAGCAAUUAUAAAAUCAUACCGACCUUCUUGGAGCCCAGCAGCCAUAAUGUCUGCAAUAAUGACAACAGCUACAGUCCUAGAUAACAACAACCAACUUAUUGGAAGAGAUCCAAAUGGUACUGAGGCCACACCUUUUGACUAUGGAUCUGGACACAUAAACCCAUUGGCAGCUAUAAAUCCUGGAUUAAUUUAUGACUUUGAUUCCCACAACAUCAUCAAUUUUCUCUGCAGCACAGGUGCAAGCCCUGCACAACUGAAAAAUCUCACAGGAGAGAUAAUUCAUUGCCAAAAUCCUCCCACAUCCUCCCACAAUUUUAACUACCCCUCAAUAGGCGUUUCCAACAUGAAUGGAAGUUUAUCUAUUUAUAGAAUAGUUACAUAUUUUGGCGAAGGCCCAACAGUAUAUGUUGCACAAAUAAAUCACCCAACUGGUGUAAAUGUCAGUGUUACACCUGCUAAACUGAAGUUCACAACAACUGGGGAGAAGAUGUCUUUCAGGAUUGAUUUCAUACCUUUUGAGAAAACUGAUGGAAGUUUUGUGUUUGGUGAUUUGACAUGGAGCAAUGGCAUCCAUAGAGUCAGGAGUCCUCUUGCUUUGAAUGUUCUUUCCCUGUAG